AUGGAUAAAUCCAAGCGACCCUUUCUUAAGCCCAAGUUUAAACCCAAGGGCCCUUUUCUUAAAAAAAAGAGACCUUUUCGUAGACGGGUGGCCCGGCCCAAGGGUCCAAUUGUUUAUAGUAAUCUUCGUUUAAUUAGUUUUUUUAUUAGUAAACAAGGAAAAAUUUUAUCUAGGCGACGGAAUAAAGUGACUUUAAGAGAACAACGAGCGAUUACUCUUGCUAUAAAACAAGCUCGAAUUUUAGCUUUUUUACCUUUUGUUAAAAACGCGAGCGCACAAAGGAUUAAAAACGAGAAAGAGAAAGCAAAAAGGAAAUUACUUGCUAGACUUACAGGUCCUGGCACCGGAAAAGCUAAAACUAAAGGACCUCGAACUGGAAAAGCUAGACCUAGAGGAAAAGCUAAACCUAGAGAAAAAGCUAGACCUAGAGGUCCUCGAACCAGAAAAAAAAGAGAUUGA